UUCAGAAGAUGUAUUUUGUUGUUCAUAAGCUGAGCCACUCCCUCCUGCAGCUUGCUCUGUCAUAGCGACAUCUCCAUCUUCUCUGCAGUGAGAUCAGCACAUAUCAGCGUCUGCAGCAGCUGGGAACAACGACAAAAUGCGUGAGUGUAUUUCCAUUCAUGUGGGUCAAGCCGGUGUCCAGAUUGGCAAUGCCUGCUGGGAACUUUACUGCCUUGAGCAUGGGAUUCAGCCGGAUGGACAGAUGCCCAGUGAUAAGACCAUUGGUGGAGGGGAUGACUCCUUCAACACUUUUUUCAGUGAGACAGGAGCUGGCAAGCAUGUUCCCAGGGCCGUGUUUGUAGAUCUGGAGCCCACUGUGAUUGAUGAGGUUCGCACCGGAACUUACCGUCAGCUUUUCCACCCUGAGCAGCUGAUCACUGGAAAGGAGGAUGCAGCUAACAACUACGCUCGUGGCCAUUACACUAUUGGCAAAGAAAUCAUUGAUCUGGUUCUUGACAGGAUUCACAAACUGGCUGACCAGUGCACUGGACUUCAGGGCUUCUUGGUGUUCCACAGCUUUGGAGGAGGAACUGGUUCUGGUUUCACCUCUUUACUGAUGGAGCGCCUUUCUGUUGAUUAUGGAAAGAAGUCCAAACUUGAGUUCUCCAUCUACCCAGCUCCACAGGUGUCUACUGCUGUGGUGGAGCCCUACAACUCCAUUCUUACCACCCACACCACCCUCGAGCACUCAGAUUGUGCUUUCAUGGUCGACAAUGAGGCCAUCUAUGACAUCUGCCGUAGAAACCUCGAUAUCGAGCGUCCCACUUACACCAACCUUAAUAGGCUGAUAGGUCAGAUUGUGUCCUCCAUUACUGCCUCCCUACGGUUUGAUGGCGCCUUGAAUGUUGACUUAACUGAGUUUCAGACAAACUUGGUGCCGUAUCCACGUAUCCAUUUUCCUUUAGCAACUUACUCUCCUGUGAUCUCAGCUGAGAAAGCUUACCAUGAGCAGCUCUCAGUGGCUGAGAUCACUAAUGCUUGCUUUGAGCCAUCUAAUCAGAUGGUCAAAUGUGACCCACGUCACGGCAAGUACAUGGCUUGUUGUCUGUUGUACCGUGGUGAUGUUGUACCUAAAGAUGUAAAUGCUGCUAUUGCCACCAUAAAGACCAAGCGCAGCAUUCAGUUUGUGGACUGGUGUCCAACUGGUUUCAAGGUUGGUAUCAACUACCAGCCCCCUACCGUUGUACCUGGUGGUGAUUUGGCUAAGGUACAGCGAGCUGUGUGCAUGCUAAGCAACACCACUGCUAUUGCAGAGGCUUGGGCCAGACUUGAUCAUAAGUUCGAUCUGAUGUAUGCUAAGCGUGCCUUUGUGCACUGGUAUGUAGGUGAAGGUAUGGAGGAGGGAGAGUUCUCCGAGGCUAGAGAAGACAUGGCAGCUCUGGAGAAAGAUUAUGAGGAGGUGGGUGUAGAUUCAGUCGAGGGAGAAGGAGAAGAGGAGGGAGAGGAGUAUUAGAUUUCCUUCAUUGUCAUGCUUUCUCCAGAAUGAAAAUGAAUAGCAGGUAGCCUUUAGACCAAAUAAUUUCACAAGUAAAUGUUCUGCCUACUUGGUUUUAGCUUGAAUGUGUGUAAUUUGCUGACAAAUGUUACAACGAAAACUAAUUGGGUAUAUUCUGUGUGCUUUUUUUGUUUGUUCGUUUGUUUAAGGAACUUAAUAAAAACCUUAAAAUGAG